AUGGCCGCCGUCGGCGCCUCUCCGCCUCGUACCAUGACGACCUCCCACGUCGAACCUCGCGAUCACACUUCUCUCAAUGGCUAUACGUCGCCGGCCACCGUCGCUAAACCGAGAAAUACCUUGGAUGCUUCCUCACUCGGCCCAGCCAGUGCUCGGCCCGUAAGCGUCGACUUUCACGACGAGAGCUGGGUCCAACUGUCAAAUGCCAACGUCGAUCUUGCGAAGCCGCAAACCGCGCACUUUCUUCCUGUCCAAGGUUCAUAUGAUCAUGCGUCCCCGGCUGUGUCUUCGGAUGGAUCUGAAAUCAUUCCCGCGUCCGAAUCCUCCACCGCCAGGCAGUCUCAACCAGCCACCGUUGGACCCGUUCUUUCCGACCUUGAUGCGCUAGCAGCAAAGUUCACCGAUUCAUCACUAGAUCUCAGCUUCUCGCCUACAUCGCGCCAACGGUAUGAAACGUCCACCGUGAGUCCCAAGGACCGUCCACGAGAUCAACACGUGAAUCGAAACAGCCGCGAGUCCGACGACACAGCAAGCACCUCACCACAGCAACAACCGUCUGCCGAGUCGUCGGUUGCGACAAGUGUGAGCUCCAUCUCUGGCGUCAACGAUAAUUCGGAAAUCCCGACAAAUGGUGACUCGCCGGGAAGCUCCAUCAUGGAGGGAAACUUGUCCAAGAAUCUGUCCGUUCCACAGUUCCAGUACCACCACCAGCAACAAGAGCAUCCUGCACAAGUUCCCAGCGGCGGGUUGGGCCAGUCUGCACAAUCCUCAUCUUCCGAGGUCCUGGAAAAUGGGGGUCACGUCAGGCGCCACCUUACUCCUACGUCGACAUACUUCCAAAGAAGUUCCUUUCCCCGACCUCAGUCGUCAUACUCAACCCUCUCCGACUGCAGCCCGCGCGGCAGGUCCCCCAAUCUCCUGCCUGGUGGCUCCCACAUGCGUGCUCCCUCUGUCCAGUCUCGCAAGUCCCCCGAUCCGAGACCGUCGUCGUAUGCAGAACUUCUCAAGGUGCCUUACCCACAGCAGGCCCCUCCGUCGUUUUCACUGGACAAUUCGGAUUUACGAACCGUCAUUGGAAACAAUGCAUCACUUCUCAGCACGCAAAAAACAUUGGAAAUGUACCGGCAGAAUGUGAAAAAGACAACGGAUCCUUCCACCCAAUACUCUUUUGCCGUGUUCCUGAUAUCGACGGCGCAGGAGCAAGGCGUAGAUGUGUCGAACCCAAAGUCGAAAAAGACUGCGCAGCAGCCAUUGAGGGAUCUCGAUAGCCCUGUCGUGGAAGGGUCUGUGACCAGCCCUUACGACUUGAUCCGCGAGGCUCGCCAAAUCCUGCAGCGUUUGGCAAACGGCGGGUAUCCUUUCGCCCAAUACUACCUCGCCGACGGCUAUGCCUCUGGCCUCUUUAGUAAGGGCAAAGAAGACUACAACUCGGCCUUUCCGCUUUUUGUUCUCGCGGCCAAGCACGGUCACGCCGAGUCUGCCUACCGCACCGCUCUGUGCUACGAGUUUGGAUGGGGAUGCCGCAAAGACCCUGUGAAGGCUGUUCAGUUCCUUCGCACUGCCGCCUCGAAGCGGCAUCCAGGCGCCAUGACGCGCUUGGGCAAGGCAUGUCUUUCGGGCGAUUUGGGUGAGAAGCGAUACCGCGAGGGCAUCAAGUGGUUGAAGCUUGCCGCUGAGGCUGCUGAUCUGCAGUACAACGCUGCCCCCUAUCAGCUCGGCUGCUUGUACGAGACCGGAUACGGCGACGAUAUCUUCGCGGACGCGAGCUAUGCCGCCGAGUUGUUCACCCAGGCGGCAGACCUGGGCCACCCGGAGGCUAACUACCGAAUGGGCGAUGCCUACGAGCACGGCCGGCUGAAUUGUCCUCGCGACCCGGCCCUGAGUGUGCAUUUCUAUACCGGCGCUGCUGAACGUGGGCAUUCGGCCGCAAUGAUGGGCCUCUGCGCAUGGUACAUGGUUGGAGCGCCUCCUAUUCUGGAAAAGGAUGAAGAGGAAGCGUACGAAUGGGCGCGGCGAUCUGCAGAACUAGGUUUUGUCAAAGCUCAGUAUGCCGUAGGGUACUUUACGGAAAUGGGGAUUGGCUGUCGGCGCGAUAUCCUCGAGGCCAACGUUUGGUACGUGAAAGCUGCCGACGCCGGUGACGAACGAGCCAAGCAACGUAUUGCCGUUAUUCAAGCCGCUGUAAGCGGCGGAGGUAUGCCCAUGGACGUCGGAUCACCACGCGGCAAGAAGGGCGGCAAAGACGACAAGGACUGCGUUGUCAUGUAG